GCGGGCGGCCCGGGCUCCUCCUGCCCCGGUGCCGAGCCUUGUCUGCCGGCAUGUCCUCCAAGAAAAGCAGAGCGCGGCGGAGUCAGGACGCCGGCAGCGGCUCCCCCGCCGCCUCUCCCGGGCCCUCGCCCGCGGGCACGCCCGGCCCUGGCCCCGACCCCGGGGCCGGCUGCCUGGUCGUGGUGGAUUUGGUGGAAAGAGCAGAUGACCCUGUCCCACAAGCAUUCCAAAAUUUCUUUUCCCAACUCGGCCUCAACACGAUGAAAUCUGCCAACCUCUGUAUUGGCCGGCCAGCGCUGCUCACCAGUGGGGCUGGACAGCAAGAGGUCUGCACAGCGUGGCCUGUGGCAGGAUUUCCUGGGAGGAAGGUUGGCCUAAGUGAGGGGGUUCAGAGGAACUUGGGAGUGAAGCCUGGAGAUGGGGUCCUGGUGGAGCCUCUCACGGGGACCCUGGUCCCAGCUGAGAGAGUGGAGCUGGUGCUGAGUGACAGGGAUGCAGAAAUUAAUGAGGAAGAGCUGACUGCUUGUCUUCUGAGAAAAUUAGAUGGUAAAGUCGUGUUGCCCGGCAGUGUUCUGCAUUUCACUUUCUAUGGCAGACCAUGCCAGCUGAGAGUGACGUCCGUGAAGGGGGCCGACGGCCUCACCCUGGAAGGGGCUCCAAGGAGCUCGGCUGGUGAGAAGCAGGAGCCAGCCUCUGAGACGUCAGACCUUGAGGCCGCUGCCGGGGACUUGUCCUUAGAGCUGAGCCAGCUCAGCCUGGGAGACCCCCAGAGCGGAGUGUCCACCAGCACGCCAUGUAAACCCGGAGAGGGCAGCUGUGUCCAGAAGCCGGGAGAUACCUCCCUGGAGGCUGACCAGCGCCUCGGGGAAGGCGACGGCCUAGGAGAAGGCCCUGCUCUGGCCGAUGGCCGUGAUCCCGUCCUCGGAGAAGAGAGACUGCAGCCCCCAGCCCAAGUGGGAGCCCACCGCGGUGCCGACACCUUCUACUAUCUCUCUUCCACUACAAAAUUCAACUUUGUAAAGCCCCAGGCAGCCAUGGCAGAGGAUGACGGCCCUCGGAAAGUCACUUACGACCUCAUUGGAGGUUUGACCAGCCAAUUGAAAGCCAUCAGAGAAAUGAUUGAGCUACCCUUGAAGCGGCCAGAGCUGUUCAAGAGAUAUGGUAUCGCUCCCCCCAGAGGAGUGCUACUGUACGGCCCUCCCGGAACGGGGAAGACUGUGAUCGCCAGGGCCAUCGCCAAUGAAGUGGGAGCCCACCUUUCCGUCAUCAAUGGUCCUGAAGUCAUAAGCAAGUUUUACGGCGCUUCGGAAGCAAGACUGCGGCAGAUCUUUGCAGAAGCCACUUUGAGGCAGCCCUCGAUUAUUUUUAUUGACGAGCUGGAUGCCCUUUGUCCAAAGAGAGAAGGGUCUGAGAAUGAGGUCGAAAAGAGAGUUGUGGCUUCUCUCUUAACUCUGAUGGACGGUAUCGGUUCUGAGGGGAGUGAGGGGCGAGUUUUGGUCAUUGGGGCCACGAACCGCCCUCAUGCCUUGGAUUCAGCUCUCCGAAGGCCAGGCCGCUUUGAUAAGGAGAUUGAAAUUGGGGUCCCUAAUGCCCAGGACCGCUUGGACAUCCUCCAGAAGCUGCUCAGGGGGGUCCCACACAGCCUCCGAGAGGCAGAGUUGAUCCAGCUUGCAAACAGUGCUCAUGGCUAUGUGGGAGCUGACCUGAAGGCCUUGUGUAAUGAAGCAGGGCUGCGUGCGUGGCGGCGAGUCCAGAGGCAGCUGCCUGACCUUCCUGCCGGCGAGGGGGCAGAUGCGGUGAAGGUGACUCUCAGCGAUUUCCUGCAGGCCACGAAUGACGUCCGGCCCAGUGCCAUGAGGGAGGUGGCCAUCGACGUCCCCAGUGUAUCCUGGUCGGACAUCGGAGGGCUGGAAGACAUCAAAGUCAAACUGAAGCAAACUGUGGAAUGGCCUUUGAAGCAUCCGGAGGCCUUUGCCCGGAUGGGGGUUCAGCCGCCUACAGGAAUCCUUCUCUACGGGCCGGGGUGCUCUAAAACAAUGAUAGCCAAGGCCCUGGCCAGCGAAAGUGGGCUCAACUUCUUAGCCGUGAAGGGACCUGAAUUAAUGGAUAAAUAUGUUGGUCAGUCAGAACGUGCAGUCAGAGAGAUCUUCAGGAAAGCACGAGCAGUGGCCCCGUCAAUUCUUUUCUUCGAUGAGCUUGACGCCUUAGCGGUCGAAAGGGGCAGCUCUUCAGGUGCCGGAAAUGUAGCAGACCGUGUUCUGGCCCAGCUCUUAACAGAAAUGGAUGGGAUUGAACAGCUCAAAGAUGUGAUUAUUUUAGCAGCUACCAAUCGCCCAGAUAAGAUUGACAAGGAGAUGUCCCAAGAAUUUGGGGGUCAGAGAUAUUCUUAAAUGAGGAAUAAAACACCUUGCAGCUUCUGACUAGAGGGUUCCCUUCAGCGCCUGCUGGAGAACUUUCUUUCUUUCAUACAAAAAGCGUCACAGGCAGAAUAAAAACGCCUCGUGCCUUUGGAAGGUGGAACGGUCAGGGUGGCUGUUUGCCCGUACCGUGAGGUCACCAUCUUGUCCCAGGGUUUUCUGUGCAGACCAUUUCCUCCUCUGUUGACUGUCUCUGCCAGUCCUGAAAUGGGAGACUCGGACUUCCUUUGUCUUGUAAACACACACAGACGCCAAGCUGUGCACAUCCCCCUGAAACAUCCACACGGCAGUCCAGAAGGAAGAACUCCCAGAUCCCGACCAGGACAGAGACAAGACGUCUUCCUGGGUGACUGAGGGAAGCUGGGGAUCUCUCUUCCUAGAGACGUGGAGGAGGAAAAGACACAGCCCUGGCCCGCGGGAGAUGUCUGCCAACCUUUCCGGGUCUCCUGCAGGCGUGCUGCGUGGUCAUCUCACCCUUCCAGGCUUCGGUCUGGAGGCUGUGUCUGAGAUGCAAAAUGUUCUUCCACCUAUUCCUUAAAAACAAGGAAAAGGACUUUUUAUUGAUGCCGCUUCUCUUGGUCUCUGAUAAGAGACCACCCCUGCUCAUACCCCCUGGCAACGCCUAUCUAAAAUGA